AUGGAUGAUAAAAUACGACCUCUUAUAAAUCAAUCCAGAUCAAUUCUAGUUGAUAUUGAUGUACAUCUUCAAGCUAUUAAAGGAUUGGAUGAAAAAGAACAACUAUUAGAAUCAACGAUUUCCAUUGCAUGUCGCUGGAACUAUGAAACUUUAAUAUGGAACAAAUCGGAGUUUAGUGACAUUACGGGAAUAAAUAUUUCACCCAAAGAUUCGUGGAUACCUGAAUUAAUUGUUAGUAAUUCUGUAGAUUCUUUGUUUGUUCUAAAAGACAAUCGUGAUAAUAUGGUCAAAAUCAAAGUGCUGAGCAACGGAGACGCCACAUGGUAUACGGGUGGAAAUAUUCGAACGUCCUGUCACAUUGACAUUACAAAAUAUCCAUUUGACACCCAGACAUGCAUUAUUACAAUAAGUAAAACAGAACCAGAUAGUGAGGUUUUAAUAUCUGAUUCGGGCGAUAAAGUUACAACGAUAUUAUACAAAGAAAACAGUGAAUGGGAUUUGAAGAAAUCAGUUGUAAAGACCAGAGUGCUUUAUGGCUACAUUACGUUCAUUGAUAUAAAUUUAACCCUGUCACGUCACUCACUGUUCUACACUCUAAAUGUUGUCUUACCAGUGGCACUUUUGGGUUUUAUGACUGUUUUGUGUUUUAAGAUACCAGCGACUAGUGGAGAAAGUUUAAGCUUCAGUAUAGCUUUGCUUCUGACCUUCGUUGUGUUGCUUAAUUUGAUCAGUGAAUCGAUGCCAAGGGUACCUAAUCGUAUAUCGUACCUUCAGUUGUAUGUGAAUUAUCAACUGACAGUGGCCGUGGUUAUCACAACUUUGUCCAUUAUGUUGGUGAACAUGUCUUACUCAGAUAACAAAGCAAACGACCUCUACGCUUUAAAACUAUGCCUUUGGUGCUACAGUAACCAAAAGAUAAGAAAAACCGUCAUCCCAGAAGUCCUGAACGAAAUUGCAACGGACAAGGAUACUAACGGAAUGCCAAAUAUAGACUCGCAAUCCGACACGGAAAUUGACACUGACUCGUACUUAGAUAGACAGUCAGUGAUCCGUCAUAUAGGAAAGGCCCUGUUUUGGGUUUUCAUGACAAUGUAUAUACUGUCCACCAUUUUAUUCUUCAUUUGUGUUACAAUAUAG